UUUACAGAGAAUUAAAGCAAACAAUAUAACUUAGAGAGAUGGGGAAUUGCCAAGCAAUUGAUAAUGCAGCUUUGCUAUUACAACAUCCAAAUGGCAAAGUAGAGAAGCUCUAUUCAUCUGUCACUGCUCACCAAAUCAUGAAAAUAAAUUCUGGUCAUUAUGUUUCUCUUCUUCUCACCACCACCACUACCACCACCGCCAACAAUAAUACGCCGGUACGAGUUAGGCGAAUAAAGCUUCUCAAACCUAAUGAUACACUUGUUCUUGGUCAGAUUUACAGACUAGUUACUGCUCAAGAGGUAAUGAAAGGAUUGUGCGCAAAGAAGUAUGCAAAGCUGAAGCAGUUAGAAUAUUCAUGUGAAAAAUUGACUCAAAAAUCAAAUUUGAAUGUUAAAGAAAGUGUUAAAAGAUCUGUUCAGGAGAAUUCUAAACAGGUUAAACAGGAAAAACAUAGAAACUCAACAGGUGCAAGAUGCAGAGCAUGGCAUCCCUCAUUACAGAGUAUAUCAGAAGCUGCUUGUUGAUUUGGGAUGAUUAUAUUAUUUGAUUAAUUAAAUUGUUCUACAGAAAGAGUAUCCUUGUUUUGGUGUCCGCAAUUCCACGAGAUACCUGACACCCUCACCGACAACAAGAGUGGCCCUUUUUUAUCACAUGUAUAGCAAAAGAGAAAAGAAAAAAAAAAAGAAGGAAGAGAUUUCUCACAUUUUAAUUUUUGAAUCAUUUGGAGGCAUUUGUUCAAUUGGAAUUAUUGUAGCAUGUAGGCUUUGUUGUAUGCACCAAAGUUUGUGUACUUGGAAGUACUACUAUUAAUUUGAUAAAUCUAAUGGACUUUAGAACAUUUAUUUGAGUAA